AUGGUCAAAAGCUUCGAGCUUGGCUAUAACCAAUCUGCCUCUGACAACUGCGCUAUCCUCGAUGACAAUACCGGUAGCCAGUGUAUUUCAUCAUUCUCAAUUGAUAGUGAGGCAAGCACGUGGUACAAUCCAGGUCAACUUCCGUCAGGAUUUCCUGGAACGGCACCUCUCUCGGACACCACCGAUGCGGGAAGUCUCACAAGUGCUCCCGAUCCGUACACAUUUUCGCUCUUUCCAGCUUACACCUCCGUCAUUACCCCGGCUCCAUAUAACGCGAAGGCUGUCGCUACAGCAAACACGAGAUCUACAGUCCAAACUGGUACAGGGACCGGUACAGAAUCUAGUGCUACAGGAACAGACUCCGCGAGCUCAUCUACAACCAGUAAAGGUGCUGCGAAAAAUAUCGUUUCCCCUAUUAGCUCUGAGCUUGGUGUCUGGGGUAUCGCUAUAUAUACCAUAGCCUUUGUCAUUCGUCUGGUGUAG